AUGUCUCGCACUUUCUUUGUUGGCGGUAACUGGAAGAUGAACGGGUCCAUCUCCAAGUACCAGGAGCUUGUAAACAACCUCAAGGGCGCUCGCCUUGAUGACAACUCGGAAGUUGUCAUUGCGCCGCCGUACAUGUACCUUUUGCCCGCGCAGGAGCUCUUGAAGGGCAACAACCGCAUCCAGAUUGGUGCUCAGGAUGCGUACUUUAAGCCGUCCGGUGCAUUUACUGGCGAGAUUUCGUCUGCAAUGCUCAAGGAUGCGCAGAUCUCUUGGGUGAUUAUCGGCCACUCGGAGCGCCGCACUCUUUUCCACGAGACCGACGAUGAGGUUGCCAAGAAGGUUCAGGCCGCGCUGGACGAGAAUGUCAAGGUGAUCCUCUGUAUCGGCGAGAGUCUUGAGCAGCGCGAGAAGGGUGACAGCAUUAAAGUCGUUAUUGGCCAGCUCGACGCUGCUGCAAAGAGCGUCAAGGACUGGAGCAAGGUCGUGAUUGCCUACGAGCCCGUCUGGGCGAUCGGCACGGGCAAGGUUGCGACCAAAGAGCAGGCUCAAGAAGUGCACGCUGCGAUUCGUGACUGGCUCGUCAAGGCCAUUGGUCAGGGUGACGCCGAGAAGGUGCGUAUUAUCUACGGCGGCUCCGUCAGCGGUGCCAACUGCAAGGAGCUCGCUGCGCAGAAGGACAUUGACGGGUUCCUUGUUGGCGGUGCCAGCUUGAAGCCCGAGUUUGUGGACAUUGUCAACGCGCGUCUCUAA